UCUCCAGGUGAAGAAGCGUGCACGGGUCCCCGACACGCUCGCCCGCUGUAACUACCGAACGCGAGGAGUCGCGCUGUCAACGUACGCGGCGGCAUCGGGGGGGCCAGCGGGAUACGCGCUGCGGGGUCGCCGUCGGGAGCAGCCGUCGAGCAACGCCGCGGAGAUGGGCAGCACGGACAAGGCCGUGAUCACGGGGUUCAUAUGCAGGCUCUGCAGCAAGAUGAACCGCUUCGUGAUCCACAUCUACGGCGAGGAGGGCGAGAGAAUGAAGCUCGCCGAGAAGAUAAACACCUACCUGCCGAUCACGGUAAACAUGAACGACCCGCUGCCAAAGACUGCGUGUUUACACUGCAUCGAGCGAUUAGAGGCGCAUCACGAGUUAAUGGAACAAAUCAUGUUCACAAGGCGGAGAUUGAACACCGACAAUAAGGCGGCCGCGGUAGCGGCGUCCUCGUCCGCGGCGACCGUAGACACAGCUCCGACAUCCAGCCCGCCUCCCUGUUGACAUGUGCAAUGGAAAAUAUAACGUAUCCCCUCGCUCAAUGCGCCAUUCGCCAAGCUCGGAUGAUUUCCCGAAUAUAAUUUUUCAUUUCAUUUUGAGCCGGUAGUCAGUAAGUGAAAAACGUACUACGGUGUGUGUGAAGAGAAGGACAGUGGGUGAAGUAAAAAGAAAUAUAAAUGCGUGACAUUACAUUUCCUACAUAAAUACGACACUUUCAUACGUUACAUAUAUGUUUUACAUUACUCGUUUCAGACAAGUAUUCUUUGACGGUAUUAAGAGCUUGACAAUUUUUCAAUACCAAUGUCCACUACUAUCUUCUAAAGGGAACAAAAUGUCGAAAAUACGAAGAGAAAUUCAAUGAAACGAAAGCGCACUUCUUUACGUAAAUGUUGUACGUUUUGUAAAUGUUACGUGAAGGAAAUUGCCUACAGGUAGCGUCAAUUUGUCAAUUUAAAAUUACAUGAGGUCCAUUGAGUUAUUUUUUUCCUGCUGGUCUACGAUUAAUAAGCUAAUUUCUGCAAGAAAAUAAUACUUUAAAUGUUCUGGGCAAGCGCAAUAAUAAUUGAGAUAAUCGAAAUAAAAAUGCAUACUUGUGUACAGACACAUAUUACACGCGCGGGCGCGCGUACACGUAUAUAUAUAUAUAUAUAU